AUGGAGGUUGCUACUAUUGCACAUGCUAAAAUAUUGUUGCUCUAUAUGCAGCAUUUUGUAAGAAGAUUCGUAGGUUUUAAAACAAUGUCAACAGUUACCAUUAGUAACAAUCAUCAAGAGAUGAAACUUACUGAUCCUGAUGUCUUCGCACCUGGAGAAAUGAAUAAUCCACUGAAUCCAACCAUUACCCCAGGACAAACACCGAAUUCAUCAAAAUUCGUCUCUAAACUUGGAAGGUUCACUUCGCAAGGAAUGAUAUCAUAUAAGAUAAUUGGCCAAACCGGACCAAAUUGGGACCCUCUAUACCUUAUAGUUACAUGGAAAGUAAGUAAAAUUAAUAGCUGGGGAAAAUUCAAUAUGUAUUAA